UACACACGCACUGCGUGUUACCAUUUCGGCCAAUCUUACACCUCUGACUGCCCAAAACCCUAAGUCGGCGUUGUCAUCGAUAUCAUUCCUCCCCGACCGCCUUGGCUCCGCUGUACCCUGACUGACCCCACAACCUCCCGACCCAGCCACUAUCCCUGACUGACGUCCGCAGCUUGCCGGCACCGCCUUCUUCCUCCCGACCUCCACAGGUCGGCGGCUCCUAACCCAGGCCACCAAAACUCGCCCGAUCUCCGCGAUUCGGCCCCUCCUUCACCUCCGUCCCUCUGCUCUAGGCACUCUGCAGCACACAGAGGCGCCCUCGGUACCAAUUGCCAGGUUCUUACGAGAACAUAAUGGCAGCAGAGAAUAGUCUGUUGGCUUUAACUGAUGAUGUCGUUCUUCAGACCAAUGAAGUUUUGUCUUUGAUAAGGGAGCUUGGAAAAGAUGGAUUUGAGGAAUGUCGUCCUCAAAUAAUCACUCAAGCUUCUUCAUUGAGUCAACUUCCUCUAGAGUCUUCUUCCAUACACGUGGUUGUUGCAAUAUGUCACUCACCUGAAUUUCUUAAUGACCGGCUUUAUGAAGAAACCUCAAGAGUUCUUAAGCCUGGUGGCACUUUUAUGGUUCAAAAGCCCAUCGGUCCUGAUGAAGGUGAUAUAGUUAAGGCAUCCUCUGCUCUUGAGCGUAAGUUGUUGUUGGCGGGUUUUACAGAAGCACAAGGUCUUCAACCGAAAUCACUGGCCAAAGAGCUUGAGGCUGUCUCACAUUUUGUGGUCAAGGUUACCAAGCCGUCUUGGAAAGUUGGGACAUCUUUUGCUAUAAAGAAGCCACUGAAAGGCUUGCCUAAAGUACAGAUAGAUGAUGAUGAUGAUUUGAUAGAUGAAGACAGCCUACUGACUGAAGAGGAUUUAAAGAAACCACAGCUUCCACCGGGUGGUGAUUGUGAAAUUGGAAGCACGAGGAAAGCUUGCAAGAACUGCACUUGUGGGAGGGCAGAGGCAGAGGAAAAAGUUGAAAAGCUGGGACUUUCCAUGGAUCAGCUGAACAAUCCUGAAUCUGCAUGUGGCAGUUGUGGACUUGGAGAUGCCUUCCGCUGUAGCACAUGCCCCUACAAGGGUCUUCCACCAUUCAAGCUUGGUCAAAAGGUCUCAUUACCGCAAAACUUUCUCGCAGCCGAUAUUUGAAUGUACCCCAGGAGUUGCUGCUUGUUCCGAGUAAGAGGCCAGAUGGUGAUGAUAUAUAUUAGCGCUACUUUGUUGCGGCAUAAGAGUGUGCUAGCCUUUUAUAAAUACAGUCAUGCAAUUGUGGUUUUUGUCUCUUAGUGGGGCUCAGGUGCCAAAUGUCGCAUUCCUUUAGAAGAGAUGCUAUUUAGAAAACGGGAUCUCCAUUCUGAUGUUGAAUUUCCUGUUUGCCUGUGCCCAGUAGCAUUUGUUGAAUUUAGUAAUGAAAAGUGUGAAGAAAGUUGUUUCAAUACUGUUCAA